AUGGCCAAGCUGUUUAUCCUUCUCAACAUACUCCCGACCUUUCUGACGGCCCUCGAACUCUUCACCUACUACAUAGUAAUCGACAGGACCUAUUCAAGAUAUCCAAACCUUUACCCAAAACUCUGCCCGUUAUUUGGUCACGUUGGUCACUCGGUUAAGAAGCUAGAGAUGACCGCCCUCAGAGCUGGGGACGAGUUUCCCAAGGGCAUUCACUUCAGCUGGGUACCCUACGCAGAAGAGAAGGAGACUAUCACAUCCUGCGGCAUUCCUCAGACAUACAACGCCAGCAAGAAGUUUGCAGACAGGAAAGUAGUACUUUGCGCUGUCCCAGGGGCCUUCACACCUGGCUACUCGGUCCGCCACCUUCCUGACUACAUUGAACAUCUGAAAGAUAUCAAAGGCAGAGGCGUUGAUAUUGUACUUGUAGUUGCUAUGAAUGAUGCUUGGGUCAUGAGCGCUUGGGGGAAGGCCAAUGGCGUCAAGAACGACCAGAUUAGCAUACGCUGGACACCUGGGGCAGACAGGACUGGGAGAUAUGCAAUGGUAAUCGAUCACGGGAAGAUCGUAUAUGCAGAGAACGAGCCUGGCGGGGAUUUUACGGUAUGUCUCGACGAGCUUGAACGAAUUGUGACUGCACAAAAGCUAACCUUUGUGCUCUAA